AUGGAGAUAGGAAAACAAAUUAUUGGCUUUUUUGAAGAUUACUUUGAAUUAUCUUAUCCACUCAAAAAAACAGAUAUGGUUGCUGUACCAGAUUUUGCUGCUGGUGCAAUGGAAAAUUGGGGUCUUAUGAUAUAUCGAGAGGCGACAAUGUUAUGGGAUCCAAACUAUGGCACAGCAGCAACACAACAAAAGGUGGCAACUGUGAUUUCACAUGAAAUUGCUCAUCAGUGGUUUGGAAAUUUAGUGACUUUAAAAUGGUGGGAUGAUCUAUGGUUGAAUGAAGGUUUUGCCAGUUUUGCUGAGUACAUUGGAGUUGAUCAUGUUCAUCCAGAAUGGGGAAUGGAUGAACAGUUUCUUCUGGAUGAUAUACAGAAGGUGUUGAUCAGUGAUUCAUUAACAACUUCACGUCCAGUAAUUCAACCUGUUUAUUAUCCCAAUGAAAUUAAUGAAAUUUUUGAUCCAAUAUCCUAUAAUAAAGGUGCAUCUGUCUUAAGAAUGAUGGAGUCAUUUAUGGGUCGAAAUGCAUUUCGAGCAGGUGUCAAGAAUUAUCUUAAUCAAAACAAAUACAAAAAUACUGUUCAUGAGGAUUUAUGGAGAGCACUAACUGAGGCAGCAAAACUUGUAGGGAAAGAUGUAAAUGUUAAAUCAGUCAUGGAUACAUGGAUGAAACAAAUGAAUUAUCCACUUGUUAUUGUUCAACGAAUCAAUAAUGGUCUAUUUCAAUUUGAACAAAAACACUAUUUAGAGCCACCAGAUGCUAAAGCAGCAAAAAAUCCAUCACCAUAUAACUUCACUUGGAAAAUACCACUGACAUAUGGAUCAUCAAAGACUAAUAAUUGGGAUGAAGCAGAUGUUAUUUGGAUGAUGAACAAGACAAUGACACAAACAUUAGAUGUUCAACCGAAUUCAUGGUAUUUAUUCAAUAUUAAACAAGCUGGAUUUUAUCGUGUUCAUUAUGCUGACAAUAAUUGGGAAUUGUUAACUGAACAAUUAUACAAAGACUAUCGAGCUAUUCCACUUCAUUCACGAACACAAAUUCUGGAUGAUUUAUUCAACUUAGCAAAUCGUGCUGCUGUGUCAUAUACCGUCUAUCUAAAUUUGACGAAAUAUUUGAAGAAAGAAGAUCAGUAUGUUGCCUGGGAAACAACACGUCGAGCACUUUCCUAUCUAGACCGUAUGCUUGCUAUGGACGAGAAUUAUGGAGCAUUCCAAGCAUAUUUACGAAUACUUGUAGAUGAACCGCUCAAAUUAAUCGACUGGACUACCAUGAGAGAAGAUACAGAUCAUAUGAAGCACAUGUUACGCUUAACUUUAACAAGAUUGGCAUGUCAAGCUGAACACUAUUCAUGUGUUAAAAUGGUAAAAGAAUAUUAUCAAAAAUGGAUGAACAAUCCUGAAGAGAACUUGAUACCGCCAAGUUUGAGACCAGCUAUCUACUGUACAGCUAUUCGUAUUGGUGGUCAAAAAGAAUGGGAAUUUUUGAAGAGUAAAUUAUUAGUAGUGGAUAUUAAAGAAGAGGAGAAAAGUAGUAUUCUACAGGCACUUUCAUGUUCUCGUGAUAUGUGGAUUAUGAGACUACAUUUGAAUUGGAUUAUAAAAAACAAUGAGAAUGAUCCUCAAGAUUUACUGGAUGCUCUGUCAUCACAUAUUCGUGAAGCAUGGAGAUAUAUAUUAAACGAUGGUAAAAACGCUACUCAACCUUCAACGAAAGCAUGUGUACUAACUGUGAUGCUGAAAAUACUAUCAAAGCGCCAUUACACACUGAACAAUAUACCAGAUCAAGAGGAAGUUAGUGUGAAAUUUUUAUGUGAUUACUAUUUUAUUAUAUUUUACCUUUUUCGUGAGACUUUCAAAAUGUAUAAAACUAUGCUGCCUUGACUAGACUAGUGGAUGAAAGAGACAACUACCUUUCGAUGUCUCCCAUUCAUUGUCAUUGGUGCUUGUUGUUGUUGGUGGUGGUUGGUUGGGUGUUUUAAUAACCUGUGUCUUGUGUAUAUUGACCUGAAGUUCUGUCUUCCUUCGCUGCCUUGCCCUGCCUAUUCUCCUAACUUGUUUGUUUGUGUCACAUUAGAUAUAAAUCAUCAUCGGUGGGAGAAAUUCAAAUCUUCUUCUGAGGUCUUUUCAUCGGUUCAGUCAGCGUGUCCCUCUCUUCUCGUUCCUCACAGGUUCUCUUGCAUAAUGCAGCCCACAACAAUGAGAGAGAUGAUCGGUGAUAGUAAGCAACCUUGUCUUGUCUUACUCCUGUCACAACAAUUUCAAAGGUGUCACUGAGCUUUGCAUUAUGAAUCACUUGGCAUGUAGCCUCAUCAUAUAGCAUAUAACUGUUGAAUGAGGUUGAUAAAGGUUUGUGGAAGUAGAAGCGUAGUGUUGUAACAGUUGGCUUAUUAUCUGUUGGUCGACGCCUGGUUAGAAGGCCUUUCCAAAAUCAAUGAAGUUGUGAUGAAAACUUGAAUAAUA